CAGACUUCAUCUUGCGAAAAACGGGUUUGAGCGGUGAGAUAAAUGAGCACAGCCACUGGACCAGUCGCGCGACGAACGGGCGCUGAUCAAAUCGUGCUGACCGUCUUCGAUUCUCUCGCUUCAACUUCAAUGCCUCGGGCCGUUAAGUAUAAGAACCUGGUCUGCAGGGACCUUCUCACCCAGGUACAACAUGGCGUCGCGCAGCAGCUCCCUCACGCACGUUCCGGCACACGAUGGGCUGUCGGUGACGGACGUGGACAAGUCCGCCGCCGCUGAGGUCCCGACAGCCAACGGGCACGGCAACUCCGCGAUCCCUGAAGACAAGAAGGAGGAGAUCAUCGAGAACCUCGAGGACGACUGGCAGGAUGACGAGCGGAAUCCGCGGAAUUGGACAUCCACCAAGAAAUGGGUGACGACCGCCGUGGUCUCGUUCUACACAUUUGUCAGCCCUCUCUCGUCCAGCAUCAUGGCCCCCGGGCUACCCCAGAUUGGGGUAAAGUAUCACAUCACGAACGAGACGAUCCUGUCCAUGACACUCUCAAUCUUCCUGAUCUCCUUCGCCAUCGGGCCGCUAUUAUUUGCUCCCCUCUCGGAGAUGUACGGACGACGAGGGGUGCUAAAUAUCAUGAACGUGCUCUCCAUCGCGUUCAGUCUCGGGUGUGCGUUUGCUCCGAACCUGGCGGCUCUGCUCGUGUUUCGAUUUUUACUUGGCUUCACGGGAAGCGCACCAGUAGCAUGUGGAGGUGGUGUCAUCAGCGAUCUAUUCUCUGAACGGGACAGGGCAGCAGCUAUGGCAAUAUACAGUUUGGGACCACUCAUUGGACCCGUGGUGGGGCCGAUUGCUGGGGGAUUCAUUACGGAGACCAUCGGAGUCAAAUACGUGUUCGUUCUUCUGGCGGGGCUCCAAGCUUUGGCUGCCAUCACGGGCAUUCCUAUCCUGCAGGAAACGUACUCGCCGUACAUCCGUCUGAAGUUGGCGAAGCAGUCGCCCGAUCCUGAGAAGGCCGCAGCGGCACACCCAGCUUUGACUCAGGAACAUACGAGCUUGGCGCACUAUCUGUGGAUCAACGUCUCGCGGCCGGCGAUCAUGCUGUUCUGCAGCAUGAUCUGCUUCCUGCUCAGUCUUUACAUGGCUUUCAUGUAUGGCAUCUACUACCUCAUGUUUACCGUCUUCAGCAAUCUUUUCACUGACACCUACGGCUUCAACACUGGCACGAACGGACUGACUUACAUCGGCCUCGGCGUCGGUUUCCUCUCCGCAACUUUGUUCAGCGCCAAGUAUGGAAACGAGAUCUACAUCAAGCUUUCCGAGAAGAACGGUGGAGUUGGGGAGCCUGAAAUGCGUAUUCCAGGGCUAGUUUUUGGCUCGAUCGUCGUUCCCAUUGGUUUGUUCUGGUAUGGUUGGUCAGCGCAAGCGAAGAUCCAUUGGAUCAUGCCCAUCAUCGGCUCCGGAAUCUUCGGAUUUGGGAUGAUGUCAACAUAUCUUCCCAUCCAGCUGUACCUCGUCGACACUUUCUCGUAUGCAGCCAGUGCUCUUUCUGCGGCCUCGGUCUUCCGGUCACUCUUCGGAUUCAUCUUUCCCCUGUUUGGCCAGCAGAUGUACAAUGCGCUAGGCCAAGGGGGUGGAAAUUCGCUUCUUGCUGGGUUGGCUAUCGUGCUAGGCAUCCCUUUCCCUAUAUACCUCUGGUUUAAUGGGAAGCGAAUGCGAGAAAGUAGCAAGCUGGCUCGAUGAACCUGACGUUCUUUACAUGAUCGUAGUUUUCAAUAAUUAAUUGGGAAAUCUCAGAUUAGAUUAGAUCCAGUCCCAUGUGGCUGUGCACUUAAUAUCUGUUGUUAACAGCCUCCAUGAC